GCAAAAACUCCACUCAAGCUCAACAAAGUGUCUGGGAAGGAGUCAUCAAGUGCACUGGCAUUCUCUGAGCAGAAUUGGGGCACCAGCACUCGCAACUAUCACACAUCCAUUCCUAAAUGCAAUAAUGCUGCAAUGAGUGAGAUUGUUGCUAUGGCUCACACCCUCAUUAUC